GUACAGGGGGCAUGGACUCUAAAGUGAAGGCUGCUACAUGGGCGUUGGAUCGUGGUGUUAGUGUAGUGAUUUGUAACGGCAUGCAAGAGAAGGCGAUCAAAACUAUAAUUGCUGGCCGAAAAGUUGGUACAUUCUUUACUGAAUCCACAGAAAGUUUCUCGACUCCAGUAGAUGUGUUGGCUGAAAACGCGCGCGUUGGCAGUCGACAGAUGCAGGCGCUUACUCCGGAAGAACGAGCAAGUGCAGUUAACCAUUUGGCUGAUUUAUUGGUAAGCAGGGAAGAAUUCAUUCUGCAAGCCAACGCAAAGGAUUUGGCUGAGGCGAAGCGUCACGGUUUAGCGAAGCCAUUACUGUCACGUUUAUCCUUGAAUUCAGCUAAAUUGAAGAAUUUGUCUGUCGGAUUGAAGCAGAUUGCCGAAUCCAGUCAUAAGAAUGUUGGACGGGUGCUACGUUACACGCGAUUGGCAGAUAAUUUGGAAUUAAAACAAGUCACUGUUCCUAUUGGAGUCCUCUUAGUAAUAUUCGAAUCUCGUCCUGAUUCGUUGCCUCAGGUAGCUGCUUUGGCAAUGGCGUCAGCCAACGGCCUUCUACUUAAGGGGGGCAAAGAGGCUUCUCACAGCAAUAAAGCUCUGAUGGAGUUGGUCAAGGAGGCACUUUCUACGGUUGGAGCAGAGAAUGCAGUUUCCCUGGUUUCAACUCGUGAAGAAAUUAGUGACCUUUUAUCAAUGGAAGAUCAUAUUGAUUUAAUAAUUCCGCGUGGAUCGUCAGAACUUGUUCGUACUAUACAGGAGCAAUCUGUACACAUACCAGUGCUGGGACACGCCGAAGGUGUCUGCCAUGUUUUCAUUGAUAAAGACGCCGAUCUGCGUAAAGCGCUUAAGAUAGUUAGAGACGCCAAAUGUGACUACCCAGCAGCUUGUAAUGCUAUGGAAACGCUUCUCAUACACGAGGAUCUAAUGAGUGGCGGCGUCUUUAACGAUACCUGCAACAUGUUGAAAAGAGAGGGCGUUAAAAUCUAUUCGGGCCCAAAACUGAGUCAAAAGUUAACCUUCGGUCCUCCGGCUGCGAAGAGUCUGAAGCAUGAAUAUGGGGCGUUGGAAUGUUGCAUAGAAAUUGUAAAGGAUAUCGACGAAGCAAUAGAUCAUAUACAUACGUAUGGCAGCGGACAUACCGACGUCAUUGUCACAGAAAACGAUUCUGCCGCAGAACAGUUCCUGACAUCAGUUGACAGUGCUUGUGUUUUCCAUAACGCCAGCUCGCGUUUCGCUGAUGGGUUCAGGUUCGGAUUAGGUGCCGAGGUUGGCAUAUCAACGGCGAGAAUACACGCACGUGGACCAGUAGGCGUUGAGGGACUUCUAACGACUAAGUGGAUUUUGCGGGGACAGGAUCACACUGCAGCUGAUUUUGCAGAAGGCGGAAGCGGUGUGUGGCUGCACGAAUCUUUGCCCUUAUGAAUGCAUGCAUCGAAAUUAAGUUAUGUAUAUGCGUAAAUUUUUAUAUUUUGUACGUCUUAAAAAUGUAACUAUGUACAUUCAUAAAUAAGAUGUAAGUUUUAAGAGAUUUGUUCUAUAUAAAUAUGAAUUUAUGUGCAUUCGUACUAUAUAUGUACGUUCUGUGUGUUUUUAUACUUAUUACUCUCAAGAUAAUUUUUUUGUAAAAUUUUACUUGUCCUUCCUUACAUUGUAAAUAAAUAUACGUAUACAUAUGUAA